GAGUAGUUCCGGUAGGGGGAAAAUGCCACGGCCGGAAACAAAUGUGGCAAUUUUUGACUGGCUCGCUUCAGCUAAGGGGCCUGCGGACCCCGGCACCCUGCACCCUCUCCCCUCUCUUCCCGUCCUUCCAGGACGUUUUUGCCGGACGAGGGGCUGAGGAGAGACGGCGGCGCCGAUAUCAGCUGAGUCUAGCCGAGCCGAAAAAGGAGUCCAGCGGGGUAUUGGGAAGAGGCAGCGAAGCGGUAGAACCGACCCACACACACCCCCAGCACAGCGAACCGGUGGUAGAGGCGGUGCAGGACCCUGGUGCCGAACUGAACUCAGCAGAGGGAGAGUCGAAUCAGCUUGGACGACCGAGCUUCUGGGGGUACUGCGGUACAGUCUAUGAGCAGGCUCGGCCCUAGGCUCAAGAUGGCGGCGGCAGUGGCGGAUAAACAGAAGCACGAGCAUGGCCGGGUGAAGAUUGGGCACUAUAUCCUGGGCGACACGCUCGGCGUUGGUACCUUUGGCAAAGUCAAAGUUGGUAAACAUGAAUUAACUGGGCAUAAAGUCGCAGUGAAGAUCCUAAAUCGACAGAAGAUUCGCAGCCUUGAUGUUGUAGGAAAAAUCCGCAGGGAAAUCCAGAACCUCAAACUCUUCAGACAUCCUCAUAUAAUUAAACUGUACCAGGUCAUCAGUACACCAACUGACAUUUUCAUGGUGAUGGAAUAUGUUUCAGGAGGAGAACUGUUUGAUUAUAUCUGUAAAAAUGGAAGGCUUGAUGAAAAGGAAAGUAGACGUCUGUUCCAGCAAAUCCUUUCUGGCGUGGAUUACUGUCACAGGCAUAUGGUAGUACAUAGAGAUCUGAAGCCUGAAAAUGUGCUGCUUGAUGCACACAUGAAUGCCAAGAUAGCUGAUUUUGGUCUAUCAAAUAUGAUGUCAGAUGGAGAAUUUUUAAGAACAAGCUGUGGUUCCCCUAACUAUGCUGCACCAGAAGUAAUUUCAGGAAGAUUAUAUGCAGGUCCAGAAGUAGAUAUUUGGAGCAGUGGAGUUAUUCUCUAUGCUUUGUUAUGUGGAACACUUCCAUUUGAUGAUGAUCACGUGCCAACCCUUUUUAAGAAGAUAUGUGAUGGUAUCUUUUAUACCCCUCAAUACCUGAAUCCAUCUGUAUCUAGUCUUCUGAAACACAUGCUGCAAGUAGAUCCAAUGAAGAGAGCAACAAUCAGAAACAUUAGAGAACAUGAAUGGUUUAAGCAGGACCUUCCCAAGUACCUGUUUCCUGAAGACCCAUCAUAUAGUUCUACCAUGAUUGAUGAUGAAGCCUUAAAAGAAGUGUGUGAGAAGUUUGAAUGCACUGAAGAAGAAGUGCUAAGUUGUCUGUACAGCCAAAAUCAUCAGGACCCUUUAGUGGUUGCUUAUCACCUCAUUAUAGAUAAUAGAAGAAUAAUGAAUGAGGCUAAAGACUUCUACAUGGCUACAAGCCCACCAGAUUUUUUUCUUGAUGAUCACAAUCUGUGUCGACCUCAUCCUGAAAGAGUGCCAUUCUUAGUAGCUGAAGCACUACGUCCCCGCCAUACUCUUGAUGAGCUGAAUCCACAGAAGUCAAAACACCAAGGUGUAAGAAGAGCGAAGUGGCACUUGGGAAUACGGAGUCAGAGUAGACCAAAUGAUAUCAUGUCUGAAGUUUGUCGAGCAAUUAAACAACUGGAUUAUGAAUGGAAGGUUGUAAAUCCAUACUAUCUGCGUGUUCGAAGCAAGAAUCCAGUGACAAGCGCAUAUUCCAAAAUGAGUCUACAGUUGUAUCAGGUGGAUAGCAGGACGUACUUACUGGACUUCCGUAGCAUUGAUGAUGAAAUUACUGAAGCAAAAUCUGGGACUGCAACUCCACAGAGAUCAGGUUCUGUAAGCAACUGUAGAUCCUGUCAAAAAGAUUCAGAUGGUGAUGCACAGGGAAAAUCUGAAGAUAUGUCCCUUACACCAUCCGCAACCUCUUUGAUUGAUUCUUCUAAGGCUGAAUUAACUCCAAGACCGGGGAGUCAUACAAUAGAAUUCUUUGAGAUGUGUGCAAAUCUUAUUAAAAUACUUGCACAAUAAGUUUGAAAGUGGGCUUAUUUCUUUUACAGCAAUAAGCAUGCCUAAAUCAUAGUCAGAUGCUUCCAGUUACAAUCAAGUUAAAUUAACUAAGGUGCUGAAAAAACUAGCCACAGAAUGCAAUUUUCAGGAGGAUCGGAAUGAUUAUAGUCCAUUAUGUAUAUUAUUUUGAAGCUGGCUGAAUUCUGAUUGUCCGCUGUCCAAUAGCAUAAUACAGGUAUAGGAAGUUAUGUGCCCUUGGGGCAGUGUUCAUAACACUUUACACUGAUUGCACAUUAGAAUUCAAAUAUUUAAGUUAUGCUGGCCUUCUCUCUUUUUUCACUGAUAAUACAUACAUCUAAUGCACUGUAAGUAAAUGUAGUUCAAUGACUUAAGUAUGACUUGAUCAGCAUUAAUAGUUGUGCCUUAGUUGAUCAGAAUUGUCAACAUCUAACAGUAAUAUAUUAAAACUGCUGUUUCUUCCCUCUUAUUUGACAGUAAAUGAUAAAGAAUAGUUUAAUGCAUUAUAAUAUACUACUUUUAAUAACAGAUAAAUAUGAUUAAAUGCAUGCAAAUCCAACCAGGUGAAAAUAUAUGUAGGGGCUUUGUAAUGCACUAAGGGUAAAAUUCUGUGGGCUGUAAGUAGAACAAUUCAGGUCAUAGCAGUGGUGAGAGGCUUAAUGCUGAGAAGACUUGGUACCCUAUGGGCUGAAACAAAAUGUGGUUCUGUGAAGGAGAACUGUCAGUAGAUUCCUGAUCUGUGCAGAUUUAGUAGCCCACAUCUUAGUGUGGUAGCAGCAUAGCAGUUCCCCAUUGCUACUGCAGGCUGAGAAUCCUGUUCCUUAUAAACACAUGCAUGUAGUUAAAAGCACAGCUCUAUGGCCUCUUGCAUGCUAUUCCAGAAUCUAAAAUUUUCACUUUAAAAAUAUGUUCAUACUUUGAUACAGCUGUUUAUAUCAUAUGCUACCUUGCCAUAUAUUUUAUAGAAUUCACAUUGCAGUUGAAAAUACAUAUAUAGGUUUAGGUUUUUCAAUGCAGCUUUUAUAGUGAACUCUGCCAUUUAAAUUGUGUCAUUAAUAGUCCAACUUUUCAGUUGAACAUUUAAAACUGAUCACAACAGUUUAUCAUAUAAUCAUAGAAUGGUUUGGGUUGGGUGGGACCUUAAAGAUUACCUGCUUCUAACUCCCAGCCAUGGGCAGGGACACCUUUCACUAGACCAGGUUACUUGUAACCCCAUCCAACCUGGCCUUGAACACUUCCAGGGAUGGGGUGUCCACAACCUCUCUGGGCAACCUGUGCUGGGGCCUCACCACACUCACAGUAAAGAACUUCUUCCUAAUAGCUAACCUAAACUUGCUCUCCUUCAGCUUAAGGCCAUUCCCCCUUCUCCUGUCACUGCAUGCCUGUCCUGGAUUGCUAAGCAAACUGUAUUCUAUUUGCCAUCUAUAUGGCAGUUGUCUUCUGUUAAGUGGGCAGUUUUCCUUAUCUCUUCCACAACCAAUCCUCUUUCUGGGGAGACAUCUGCUGAUAACAGGCUAUUGAAUGUCACUGCAUGACUGAUUAGAACUAUAGCAUCCCAUUGUGAGAUGCUCCACCCAGAGGGAAGAGCCAAGCAUUCCUACCCAGAUAUAAUCUUGAGAUUCUGGAACACCAGCACGGCUUUCUCCACUGGAUUUCCCAGAGGAACAGCUGCCUCUUCCACUAGAUCUUCAGAGGAAGACUACACCUUUCCACAAGAUCACUGCUCCAACAGAACCACACCUGACACUCCAGGAGGACUGCAGCCAAAAUUCCAAUUGGACUGCUACCAACACCCUGACCAAUAGGGUGUCAGGUUGUGUUCUGACUCUGUCACUGUUGUUUUAGUUUACUGCAUUGUUUAUUUUAUCUUUUUAUUUUCUUCCCUAAUAAAGAACUGUUAUUCCUGCUCCCA